AUGCAGCUCUUUGGUAAGGCAGCCAAGAUGGUUCAAGUCUUGCAGCUUUUCCCUUCGGGUGCAAUUGUCGUUAAUAUCUCCUCACUCGGAGAAAUUAAUUUUCACUCAACGAAGAGGAUUCCUAGCGAGUGCAUCAGAAUUAAACUCAGUGAUGUAGCUAAUCUUACGAAGGGAAACUGCAUGCCUUUGCUCUUAUACCCAAUAGAGGCCCAACAUCUCUCUGGCGAGGUGGCCAAGAUGGUUCAAAGUGUGAUUAAGUAUACAUACGAAGAGGCACAAGUAUGCUUGAAUACUAAUUACUAUGGUGUCCAAAGAGUGACGGAGACCCUCCUCCCUCUGCUUCAGCUUUCCAGUUCAGGAGCUAGGAUUGUUAAUGUUUCUUCUCUUAGAAGCGAAUUAAAGCUUCAAAUUUUGCGGAGGAUUCCAAGUGAAAGCAUCAGAAAUGAACUGGGUGAUAUAGAGAAUCUGACUGAAGAGAAACUAAAUGGCAUAUUGAAAAGAUUCUUGAUGGAUUUCAUAGUAAAUACACUUGAAGCCAACGGAUGGUCCAUUAUGCUGCCAGCUUACAGCAUUUCAAAGGCAGUGCUCAAUGCCUACACAAGAAUUCUUGCCAGAAAGUAUCCCAACAUGCGCAUAAAUUGUGUUCAUCCUGGUUAUGUUAAUACCGACUUGAAUUGGCACACGGGGAUAAUAACUACUGAAGAGGGUGCUAAAGGUCCUAUUAAAUGUGCUCUCAUUCCUGAUGGAGGUCCUACCGGCUGCUAUUUUGAUCAGACCCAAGUUGCUGAGUUUUGA